UAACGUUCCUAUUAGGAUUUUCUUUGUUAAACGUGAUUUAUUUUGAUAUGAAAAUUUAACAUCUAAGUAAUAGAUUAUGAACGAAGACAGUUGCGCUAAAAAUGGCGGUUAUAAUAAAAGACCUAAACAUCCUAGAAUUCAAGCAAAUAUAUUAUCAAAAAUAACGUUUUUAUAUAAUUUGGGUUUUAUUUGGAAAAUUUAUAAAAAAGGGACGUUAAAGAAAGAACACAUUUUUGAAGUGAUAGAUAACUGUAAAGCAGAAAAUGCCGGAAAUGAAUUGGAAAUAUUUUUGAAAAAUGACUCACAUCAUCUAAAACACAUUUCUCUAAUUAGAAUCAUAUGGAAAUGUUACGGAAAGGCGUAUUUGCUAGUUGGCUUUAUACAAUUAAUUGUAAGAAGUGCAGUAAUCACUCUAAUACCAAUGGCGUUAUCGAAGGUAAUAUUAUAUUUCCAGCCAGCACAGGAAGAACUUAAUAAAACAGAAGUUAUCAAUUUCGCUAUUUUAUUGACGAUACUCAGUUUUGUAAACAUAACGUACCUCCAAAACUACCUAUUGUAUCUUGAUGAAUUCGGCAUUAAAAUCAAAACCGCUUUGUGUUCGGCGAUUUUUAGAAAAUCUCUAAGAUUAACAACUAAAUCUUUGUCUGAUAUCAGUGUGGGAAAAAUAGUUACUCUUAUGACAAAAGAUGUACCGAUUAUAGAAUCUUUCAUUACUUACUUUAACGAUACUUGGAUCGGAGUGAUGCAGACGAUGUUAGUUUUUUAUUUAAUCUAUAACAAAAUGGGAGUUGCGACAUGUGUUGGAAUGGGCUUUUUUGUAUUGAUAGUACCAUUACAAGUGAUAAUUGGUAAUAUAACAGCAAAACUCAGAUUGGCAUGUUCAAAAGAAAUGGAUAGAAGGCUACAAUCAACGAAAGAAACUUUAUCCGGCAUUCGAGUGAUCAAAAUGAAUUCUUGGGAAGAAGCUUUCGAAGGGGAAAUUAAUGAAAAUAGAAAGAAAGAAAUGACUGCUAUUUUGAAACUGUUUUUGUCAAAAACCAGUGUACUCUUGAUGGGUAGCUUAACAACAAAAAUAGCCUACUACUUAUUACUAAUCACUUACCUCUAUUUGGGCAAAACCUUUUCUGCAGAAAUGAUUUAUUACGUAACAACUUUAUUUCUGAGGAUAAGACACGCUCUAAAUACCUCCAUACCAGUUGGGGUAACCGUCGUAGCUGAUACAUUUGCGGCUCUAACACGAAUAAAAGAUUUCAUAUUAUCGGAAGAAACUACACAAAAAAUUGAGAUUAAUCAUUUAGAGAACAAACCGCAAGUAUAUUUCGAAAAUGUUACGGUUAAUGUAGGUAAUAAAGAAAUUUUGAAAAACAUCUGCCUUAACAUGGAAUCGGGUUUGGUUAUAAUUACCGGUCCUACCGGCAGUGGUAAAACAAGUCUUUUAAAAUGUAUUUUAGAUGAAAAUGAAUGUACAAAAGGUCGAGUAUACAAAUCUGGUUGUAUAUCUUAUGCCCAACAAGAACCGUGGAUAUUCCCUUCUAGUUUAAGACAGAAUAUAAUUUUUGAUCAAGAGUACGAUAAAGAGAGAUAUGAAAUGGUGUUGAAAGCAUGUGGAUUGAGCCAUGAUAUUAAUAUGUUAUCAGUAGGUGACGAUUCUAUGAUAGACGAUAGCGGUACAAAUUUGAGCAAAGGACAACAGUGUAGAAUAAAUUUAGCUAGAGCUGUUUAUAGAAAAGCAGAUAUAUAUUUAAUAGAUGAUUGUUUAACGUCUUUGGAUAUUAAUGUUCAAAAGCAUGUAAUUCAAAGCUGCAUCAAGGAAUUUUUGGCUGAUAAAAUAUGUCUCUUUGUAACACAAAAUCCAGGAUUAUUUGAGGGAAAUUAUAAAAUUCUUGUAAUAGAUGAAGAAAAAGUAGUCGUAUCACAAGAUGUAUUUCGCCAAUACCAAGAUAUUUCGAAUAAUUUGGCAAACAAAGAAAAAUGCUUAGAAAAUAAUGAUUGUUUAUUGAAUAAUGACUUUGGUACAGAACAGACAAGCUUAUUAAAUGACAAAAAUAAGAAAAAUAUGUAUCAAGAAAAUAUAAAACAAGGAAAAGUUGAGUUUGAAACGUAUAGAAAAUAUGGAAGUAAUGUAGUAAUGAUCGUGAUUAUUCUAAUAUUUUUUAUAUUAACUCAGAUUUCAAAAAGCUACAGUGAAAAGAUUUUGAGCGAUUGGGUAAACAUAAUACAUAGAAAUUCUUCAAGAAAUACAGAGCAAAACGCAGAAUCAGAUUUAUAUUUGGAAUUAUAUUCAAUUUUGAUUUUGACAUUGACGAUUUUAUCGGUAAUUUCGGCAUUUUUACUUUUCAAUUUUAGUAGAGCAGCUUCGAUUAAUCUGCAUAAAAACUUAGUUGAAUCCGUCAUAAAUGCCAAAAUGACUUUCUUUGAUACGCAUCUUAUUGGCAAUAUCAUAAACCGCUUCUCCAAAGAUCUGAGUAUAGUUGAUGAACAAAUACCUUUUGCAGUUUACGAUUUUCUGCAGAUCCUUUUAGGUUUAUUUGGAGUGGUGUUUCUAAUAGCGGCUGUUAAUAUCACUUUGAUUUUACCCACUAUUAUAUUUUUUUUAAUAUUGUAUUUAAUCAGAAAAAUAUACAUGCCAACCGGACGCACUUUACAAAGGCUUGACAGUGCAACAAGAAGUCCAAUAGUGGGUUAUUUGAAUUCGUCUCUGGAAGGUUUAACUACAAUCAAAGCAUUUCGUGCUGAAAAAGCGCUGACAAAAGAAUUUGAUAAACAUCAAGAUUUAUACACAUCCGUAAACUAUACGUCAAAAUGUUGUAAAAGAGCAUUCGGAUACUAUAUGGAUGUCUUCUGCACUAUCUAUAUGGGAGUUAUUAUGGCAGUCUUUCUUAUUUUUGACCAUAACACCUCAGUUGGAGAUAUUGGAUUAGCUAUCACUCAAGCUAUUAGUCUUAAUGGUAUAGUUCAGUAUGGUAUAAAACAAUGGGCUGAAAUCGAAAAUAAAAUGACGUCCGUUGAAAGAAUUUUAGAAUAUUCGGAAACGGAAAAAGAAGUACAAACUCCGAACUCUAUAAUCGCGAGCUGGCCGAAAUGUAAUAGCAUACGAUUCGACAAAGUCACAUUUUCGUACGGAAACGGUAGUAAAUGCAUUUUGGAAGAUAUUAAUUUAGUGAUCAAUGCUGGAGAAAGAAUAGGCAUAAUCGGCAGAACAGGUUCCGGAAAAACCACUUUGUUAUCGUUACUUUUCCGUUUAUACAAUUACGAAGGGAUAAUAUCGAUAGGAGGUGUUGAUAUACAAAGAAUACCUUUGAAGAUCCUCCGCUCUAAUAUAUCCAUUAUGUCUCAAAACCCAAUGAUUUUUUCGAGUACAGUUCGUAAAAAUUUGGAUCCUUUGAAUAAAUAUUCGGACGCUGAGAUAUGGCGUGCAAUCAAGACGGUCCAAUUGGAUAAAGUCAUAAAAUCUCUGAAUAUUGAAAUGGACGAGACAGGGUCAACUUUAAGCACUGGACAAAAACAAUUAUUAUGUUUAGCUCGAUGUUUGUUGAAUAAAAAUAGAAUCAUCAUAUUAGAUGAAGCUACUUCUGAUAUGGAUACGGAAAAUGAGAAUUUAAUCAAUGCUGUUUUUGAAAAUUAUUUUACGGAUUGUACCUUACUGAUAAUAGCACAUAAGUUGAACUCUAUUUUGAACUGUGACAGAGUUUUAGUGAUGCAAGAUGGAAAAAUAGUGGAAAAUGGAACUGUAAACAAUUUGGGGAAGGAUCAAAACAGUUUAUUUCAUAGUAUGUUGAAGAACUCUAAACUACUGCAUUGUAUCUAAUCGUUUUUUAUAGUUUUUGAAAAUAUGAAUAAAUGAAUUAUAUUGAU